UAAUUUCACUCAAAUCAUUGUGCUCUCUUUCGACACCAAACAGAUGAUAAGGACGGAGCUAUGUCGUGAUAACGAACUAAAUGGUUUAUAGCAUUCAUACAGCGCAAGGAUAAUCAUUCGCAAUUGCCAGGAUCGCGAGUGACACAAUUGUGAAGGGACGUGUAGUUCUUUUUGUAAUUUAGUUGAAAAGAAAGGGAAUUGAAAUGAGCAAGCUAUUUAGCUCGAAAUCCAGCGACUUCGAAAACGAGGCGUUAGAAGUUCACAACGAAUACAGACGGGAACAUGGCGUACCACCUUUAAUAUUAAGCAAAGACAUUUGCAAAAUCAGUCAAAAAUGGGCCGAAGAAUUGGCAAAGAAGGAUGCUAUGUCAUACAGUCUAAACAAGCAGUAUGGAGAAAGCAUAUACUGUGGAUGGUCACCGGAUCCAAAUACAAAAAUAAAAGCACGUGACUGCGUGGACAAAUGGUAUAGCGAAAUCAACGAGUUCUCCUUCGGUCGAGAACCGGAGGUACUGACCUGCGGUCACUUCACCCAAAUUGUUUGGAAGGGUACCAAAGAGCUUGGAGUGGGUAGUGCUAAAAGCAAAUCCGGCAAACUUUAUGUCGUCGCCAAUUACUCUGCUCCUGGUAAUUAUAGCGGACAGUUUUGCGCAAAUGUGCUGCCUCCUGGAGCGAUGCAGUUCAGAAAUAACAGCUCUAAGGUUGAAACGAACAAUAACAUAGAGCCAAUUUCUCCAAACCAAAGAAGUAGUAAAAACAUAGGUGAUUUCGCUUCAGAUUUGGUCAACAAAUUGAAAUCGACGUCUAUUUCUGGUGAUAAAUUCGAGGACGAAUGUCUUAAAGCACACAACUAUUAUAGAGAGAAACACGGUGUACCGCCACUGGAACUUAAUAAAAAACUAAAUAAAUAUGCAGAAGAGUGGGCUAAAACGUUAGCAAAGAAAGGCAGUAUGGAGCACAGAGACCAGAAUGAAUAUGGCGAGAACAUAUUCUUCGCCUGGUCAUCGGAUCCCAAUUUCACAGUGUCUGGUAAGGAGCCCGUAGACAAAUGGUAUUCAGAAAUUAAAGAUCACAAAUUCGGAAGGGAGCCUACUAGUCUUGGCACAGGUCAUUUUACUCAAGUGAUUUGGGAAGAUACAAAGGAGGUCGGUGUUGGUAUAGCUAAGUCGAAAGACGGUCAAGUUUACGUAGUAGCAAACUAUUAUCCUCCAGGCAAUAUGAUUGGUAGUUUCUCUACCAAAGUUCGCCCGCCUAUUAAUUAAGGUACUUCGCCAAAGACAUUUACAUUCCAAAUAUUUGCUUUACAUUUACUUUUGUGUUUUAAGUUUUUUAUCUUUGAAAACAAAAUGUACUUAGUUUAUUUGUUUUUUUACUUUACCAUUGUUUGAAUUUGCUUUUUAAGUUUUUUAAUUUAUUAUAUAUUAUUUAUUGUUGUGAGGCUAGUAAUAAAUCAACUUAAUAAUUUAUUAUUUUGCACGAUAAUUUAUUGGAGGUGCUACACAAUAAGUGGAUAUUAAUUAAGGAUUAUAAGAGUAUGAAUGCAAGAAUAACUGUCUAUAUUCUAAGAUGAGGAGUGAAAGGGUUUUUCACUACAAUAAUUUGUGUUAUGAGUGAAAUUGCAAUUUGUAUUGAUUAAAUGAGGACUGUAAUUUUGAAUUCAAUAUUAAGAAAUUGAGACAAGUAUGUAUCGUGAUCCUAUGAAUACAUCGGCUGCAUAUAUAUGUUUUUGAAAUAAGCCACAAUUCAUGAUUUUGAAUGAUUCCACAUCCAUUACAACUUAAGCGUGUAUUCCGAUUAGCCUAGUAAUUGUAUUAGAAAGGCUAAUUUUUAAUAGUCGUAUCAAAGAUAAUAGCUAAUAAGUAAAUAAGCUUUUGCUGGGCAAAUUUAAUUAUUCGACCUUUUGGUCGACAUAUUUUUUGCCCACUGAAUUUCUUAAUUUUGUAUGUAACUUUUCUUGUAAAUGAGAGAGAGCAUUUUUCUAUUGUGAUAUUCGCUACGAAACAAGACAUUGUGAAGAUCGUAUGAUGUAAUUUUUUUCCAUUUUUUAUAGAAAUAAAAUUUGGCAUAAAAAUAUUAAUGAUUUUCAUUGUAUAAACACAUUAAUCGUAACUAUGAUCUAUUCUGUAUUAUUUAGGUAAUAGGUAAUGAUCUCUCAUAAUUAUGAUGACAAAAUUAAGUAUUGUAACUGACUACCUAUUCUAUUCUAUUCAAUUUUUGUAAAUGCUGGCUGUUGUCUUCUUAGACAAUUCAGCCAAUGUCAGGGUUCAGUACUACAGAUGAUCAGUUUUUUUUGCAGUUUUACGCAUUUUCCACUAUUGGCCGGUUGAGUGACCUAAAAGGGUUAAAUAAAAAGGUUAUAGAUGACACAAUGACAAACACUACAGUUACCAAUAAAAGCAUUAGUAAUAAUAAAUGGGAGUUUAAAAGUUACAAUUUAAUUUUAUUGGUGUGAAUAUACUUGGCAAGGACUUGGAUGAAGGGAAAGUCUACCAUGAUCUCUUUACCGACCGGAUACACAGCUCUCUGCAUCGAGUGCUACCAAGGGCUGCCGAGUAAUACCGAACUAUUCUACUCACCCGUCCACAUCUGUACCCUUAGCACGAACCAUUAUCGAAUUCGAAUAGUUUGCAAACUGAAAUGUCAAUGUCAAAUUUUGUAUGAAAACUUGUACAGCAGCGGCACAAAGUACGUAACGAGAACUAAAACUCAGUACACAUUUGACAAUGACAUUUCGGACUCGCAAACGAUACGAUUUCAAUAUUGGUUCGUGCUAAGGGUAGAUCCAGUAUUUUUUUUGAAAGAUGACAUGAUGUUAUUAUAAAAUUAUAUUAUAGUUAUAAAAGCUGCUGCUACUAACAACUUUACAUAUAAACAGAUUACUAUGCUCUCAAGAUGUCAAUUAAAUUAAAUCGAAGUAGUUUAUAUCACAAAAUAAGUGAUGGAAUCAAUUUAAAUAUCAUACUGAAACCAUUAGUUCUAAGCUGAUUUACAAAGUGACGUUUGAAUUAACAAAAAUAUUUUACCUAUGUGGGUGCGGUAGAUACUGUUAAAAUGAUUGACAUUUUAAUGUAACGCACCUGAAUAUUAUUAUGGGAUAUUAAUGUUAGUACUAUUAUUCAUAAAAGAGUGUUUUUAUUAGUAAAUGUACACUUUUUUGCGAAUAUUAACAAUCAAAUUUAAUAUAAUAACGGAUAGGGAGUAUUCCUAGUUAUUAAGUAAUGUUAUCUAUCCUGAUCAAUGUUGAUAGUUGUGAUUGUGAUUUGUAGAAACCGUCAUGAUAACGCCGACGUUCAAGGCGCGCUCCACAUCACCAGAUAUAGAGUAAGAAUCGCUCGGGAGUGUGCUACUUUUCUUUUUCCUAUGUAUCCUCGUUUUGUUUUUCGAAAAUAUGUUUUUUUUUUACUCUGGCGAUGGUGAUUCGCUGGUACCUAUGACAUUAGUAUGCAUUAGAAACUAAGAUUGCUGACAGUGAGAUACGAAUACAUUGCCGUACUGCCAGUGGUUUGUGUAUAAAAAAAACGACGGGUUGCACUCCGGGAGUACCGGCAGAAGUGAAAACUUUGAAUACCAACGUUGUGCAUUUUUGAUAUACAAGAUCAUCACAUUUAAGCGCACCUAGCGACAUCUAUCGUUAAAAAAGUGCAUUUUCUUCGCAAUAAAGCUGUCACCUGGAAGUCUAGAUAGAGACUUAUUAUUAUAAUACGAUAAAAUAAAAUAUUACUAUGGUUUGUCCAAUAUAUUAAAAGUAAAAAACCGUUCCAAUUUUAUUGUUUUCGUCUUACGAAUUUUCGAUUAAGUCACGUGUCCACGUGUCCUGACGUGAGUUUAUCAUUUUUUACCCAUACAAAAAAAAUGUACAACGCCGCUAAAGAAGUUUUCACUUCAAAAAUUCCUGUAGCACUUCGGAAUUUCCAACAGAAGUGAUAACUCGAAUCUCAUAAAAAGCUAAACUAAGAUAAAUAAAACACCGCAUCUCAAAAAAUGCCAAACUGCCCAACGAAAUUUUCACUUAAAAUAAAAGUAAAUUAGUUAAACCAAGUAUAACUGCUGUACCAGCUAUCUUCGCGUUUGGACUUUAUCACCACUUAACUUCAGGUGUGGUAGAGUCAUUUGCCUACCUGGCUAUAAAAAAAAUGGGUGCGUGUACUUAUGUAGGCGCGUGAGAAGUUAUCCUUCUUUGGCAUCGUUUAAAAUUAGUUUUUAAUUGCAUGCAAAUAAUUAAUUACAAUAAAUUAAUAAAAAGUCUGGAAAAGGACGAAGUCAAUAAAGUUCAGUUUUAAUUUUAAAAAAUAAAUAAAUAAUCAAAAUAUUCAAUUAAAAUCGCUACUGAAUAUAAUUUAUUAGAACUUAUGUGAUUUGCACUUGUAUGAAACUCAAACGCGUAUUCCGAAUAUACAAACUAGAAACAUGUGGAUAAAUAUUAUAAAUAUGAAUACCUAUAACUGUUACUUUAUUACAAAAAAUAAAGAUGUGGUUUUUGGUUCUACUACACCAAUGGUCAAGAGAUGGCGCUGUAGUCUCCUGAAUCGCGCUUUGGUUCCGUUGUUCCAGAUUAAUAAAUACUUUUUGUUACUUUAUUACAAAAAAUAAAGAUGUGGUUUUUGGUUCUACUACACCAAUGGUCAAGAGAUGGCGCUGUAGUCUCCUGAAUCGCGCUUUGGUUCCGUUGUUCCAGAUUAAUAAAUACUUUUGAUAGGCCUUCACAAUGCAGUCGUUAGCACCCACUAAAUAGAGAUUCUAUUUCUAUUUUAUUGGUAGAUUUUCUUAAUGUGCGGUAAACACAAAAGUAACGCAUGAAGUUGGUCGCU